AUGCCAGCUUCCUCUAAGAUUAGGGGGAGCGGCCUUCGCUUGCGGCCAUUCUAUACGACAGUCUUCCUUCUCACCCUGCUCGCGACAUGGUCAUUCUUUACCAAGGCCACGGAACGACACUUCGCCCCGCAGCAUGUCGACGCCUCGUCUCCGCUCCUGAGAAGGAACGAGCUGACGGAAUGCCGGGAUGUUCACCGCGCUGAGGACCAGUGUGCCUUCGUCAAGGCUCACUGCGCCGAGGACGAGGCUGGCUUGCUCUCAUAUCUCACCCUGUACUACUGCAACCUAGGCAAGGCUCAGCCAGUCGCUUUCGCCAUACUCGUCUGCUGGCUCGGCCUGCUCUUCACCACCAUUGGCAUCGCCGCCAGUGACUUUUUCAGCGUGAAUCUCAACACCAUCUCCACGAUCCUUGGCCUUAGCGAAAGCUUAGCGGGUGUUACCUUCCUUGCCUUCGGAAAUGGGUCCCCGGAUGUCUUCAGCACCUUUGCAGCCAUGGGCUCCAACAGCGCCAGCAUGGCUGUAGGCGAGCUUAUCGGCGCUGCAAGCUUUAUCACCGCCGUCGUCGCCGGUUCCAUGGCCUUGGUUCGGGAGUUUAAAGUGGGGAGACAGACCUACGUCCGCGAUUUAUGCUUCUUCAUCGUGGCCGUCUGCUUCACCAUGGUAUUCCUGGCUGACGGGCACCUGCACCUAUGGGAGUGCAUAACCAUGGUCUGCUAUUACAUAUUCUACGUGGUCUUCGUUGUCACAUGGCAUUAUUACUCGAAAAGGCGGAGCCAGCGGCGGGUCCGGGAAGCAGCCGCACGAGGGCAUGUCUACGGAGCAGGGGGGCAUCCAUACGAUGAACUGGCACCGGAGCCGUACCGGGAUGAUCCCGACGACGAGGAUCGUCAAGUCACGUCCGCCAGCGCCUCGAAUGCCGGUGAUAUCAGUGCACUAGAGGCUGGACCGCGAAUUGAAGUCGAAGGUCAGGACGAGGGCGAUGACGAGGUUGAGGAGAGCGAUCAUGGCAGGCACGUCGUGGCGGAGAUGGCGAGCAACAUGCGUGUUCUCCGUCCCCGAGGCCGCAGACGCAACACUCUUACUCCGAUUCGUCCCAGUUUGGUCGGCGCCCUGGAGUUUCGAUCAGCUUUGGCUCAACUACAGAGAGAGAGCAACUUGAGGAUGCGACCGAUGCACGGGCGAGCAUAUUCCGUUAAUAACAUUCGAAGCAACAGCGACUCAGGCACUGUUAUGGGGCCACCUUCAGAUUCAGGCAGAUACACCAUCAGCGGCGGCGAAGGUCUCGGCCAGAGUAGGAAUAGGGCCUUAUCCUCUGGAAAUGUUCCCGGCUCACUGGUUUCUACCCGCCAACCCAGUCGCGAUCACUCUCCUUGGCGUUUCCCUCCUCCAGUCUCAGCGAACCCGAUCCAACAGGUAAAAGCCCAGGAAGCCAGGAAUCGAAGUCCAUCCCCUGCGUACAAGAUUGGUGGCAAUCUGGCGCCUCCUCCGUUGGACGCGGCGCCCCUACGACAAGACACUGGCGGCAGCGAUUCUCUUGACCCCAGACCAUUCGGCCAGCUUUCCCUCCAAAUACCAUCAAGCAGACGUACAAGUUUCAGCACUUCUUCGCCAGCAUCCCCCUUCCCCGGGUACACUGAAUCUCCAAUGGUGUUAACACCAGCAGCCCAACCUGAUCCGCCCGAAUUCAUAUUGCCUCCUGGACCAGCUCGCAUGGAGAUGCCCUUCGCGCCCUACGAAGUGAUCGAACCGAAGCCGGUGAGAUGGUGGCCAUAUGCUAUCUUGCCGCCCCCUCACAUCUUCUGGAGAACAUUGUUUCCUACACUCCUAGGGUGGCAGCAGAAGAGUCACUGGGACAGAUUCGUCAGUGCCAUAUCGGUGCCGAGCAUUUUGCUUCUCGUUCUCACCCUCCCGGUCGUUGAGAGUGAAAGCCCAGACGACUUGUCUGACGAUACCAUGGUGGACCCCAUGAUCGGGUUGGACACCACUGGCGAUGGAUCUGUAACAUUGCCUGAGGGCGAGCCCAUCGAACAAGAGUCGGAAUGGCAACGCUUUAGAAGAGCCACCCUGACGCAUUCUCGCAUGCCGUCCCUUGAGCGCAACUAUUCUCCCAAGGGUUCUCCAGCGUUGAUUGCUAUCGAUGAUCCGAGCGGCGCGCGUGUCGCUGAGGCACCCACGAGCCAUCCACAACACGUUAAGCCGGCGGCACCUCUACCCUCUGAGAGCAGCAUCGCUGUUGAUGACUCGGGUCAGUGGAAUCGGUGGCUUGUCGCUAUCCAAAUCUUCACGGGCCCCUUGUUUGCAGUGGUCAUCCUGUGGGCCAACAUGUUUGAGGACUUCCAGCACCCAUACAGAGUGCUGGUCAGGUUCAUUCUAUAUACCCUGCUGGCAUCUACCAUACUUCUUGGCCUGCUACUCAUGACGACAAGCCCCGACAAGAAACCCAAGUUCCAUUUCCUUUUAUGCUUCAUGGGGUUCAUCAUAGCUAUAGCUUGGAUCUCGACCAUUGCGGGAGAGGUUGUUGGUGUUUUAAAAGCUGUUGGAGUCAUUCUGGGAAUCUCAGAGGCUCUUCUAGGGUUGACCAUCUUUGCUGCGGGCAACAGCGUUGGCGACCUCAUUGCCGACAUCACCGUUGCCCGCCUUGGCUACCCUGUGAUGGCUCUCUCCGCGUGCUUCGGCGGCCCCAUGCUGAACAUUCUCCUCGGUAUCGGCAUUGGCGGCGUCUAUAUGAUGGUCCAGGCCGCCAAACAUCGACACAAGAAACAUCCUGACAAACCUUUCAAGUAUCACUCAUACGAAAUCCAAAUCGGAGGCACCCUGAUGAUAUCAGCCAUCACACUCCUCCUCACCCUCUUGGGUCUCCUACUCAUCGUUCCGAUGAACAAGUGGAUCAUGUCACGCAAGAUCGGCUGGGGACUGAUUGCGAUUUGGACAGUCAGCACCAUCGUCAACGUCGUCAUCGAAGUGACGGGGCUUGCUAGCAACGACGAAGCCAAUAGAGACCAGCAGGGCUCGUCUCAGACUUCUGACCAGCAAGGCUGGGACAAGGUCGGCGAUGACGCCAAGAAGGCCUUUGCGAACUAUCAAGCGGAUCAAGCUCAAGGCAAGGGCCCCGAUUACAAGGAGAUUGGCGGCGUUGCGUCGGCUGCGUACUCUGCGUACAAUCGCGGAGCCGAUGCAGGGGAUCUGGAUGAGAGGCAGAAGGAACAGCUCGGGGAGGAUGUUGUUGCCGGGCGCUCGGGCAGGAAGAAGGAGCCGUUGAAGUCCGGAGAGGAGGGUGUCGAUGGAACUCAGGAGGGCUGUGAGUGUGAUGGCCACGACGAUGAGAAGUCGAAGAAAUUGAAUGAGGAGUUGGGGCGCGAGGGCGAAAAUGUGGUAGCUGGGGAGAAGAAGAAGCUGCGGGAAGGUGGAUUUUUGCAUGGAAAGGUGGACAACACCACCGAAGGUAUCGCUGCCGAGGAUGCUCGCGGUGAGUACAUUGAUUCAUCAAAAGAAGCCCUCGAGGCUUUGUCCUCCAGCACCGCGGCACAAUCUGGCGGGAGAAAUGAAGUCUCUACUUCCCAGGCAGAUUACACUGGAUCUACUGAUGCAACAUCCGGUGAGACUGGGGACCUCAGCGACUACACCACACUCGGGCACAAGCUAAUGGCUUGGCUCCAGAGGACGACACGCUCGGGACGCGGCAUCGUAAGUGACCACGAAGAAGAAGCUGACGAAACAAGCCUGGCCAUGGAUACAUGA